AUGAGUGUCUACUCUGUGUACAUUAUUAGCGAGUCCGGUUCCCUCCAGAUGUAUUACGACCGAAACACUCCCACAACAAAAGUAGAAAAAACGCUAUCGUUUCCCCUCUCACUGGUAUUCAAAAACGUCGACGGAAAAUUGGUUGUUGACUUCGGUGCAACUGAUGAUAUUAAAGUGGGCUAUUGUGUCCUCGGCGUGAAUGGUGUACCUGCGAAAGGUGCCUACCUGGAUGAUGGACGUGACAUACUCGAAGUAAGUGUUUGAGCCCUUUAACUAUCCGAAAUUAACAGUGCUUCCGGACGUUUUGUAGACAAAGCCCUUUAUUUGUCUCAGGAAAGGUUUACUUCCACCGUAUGCUAAUCGAUUUUUGAGGCUUGUAUUAAGUCAGUUGUUAAUUCCACGCAUCUCUGUUUGUAUUUUGUCCAUUUAUGAACCGUAACUACAGACUAGUAAGAUGUAGCUGCAGUUACCGGAGAUAAACUACCAAUCUGCCCUAUUUUUUAAAACUCGUAAUGUACGAAUUUCGAUGUAUUAUUGUAUUUACUUAAUUUCGCUCAGUACGGCACUGGUCAUGUUUGACCUUGCCUACCUCCAUGGUGUGUGGAUUAUACGUCUCCGCUUGUUAUUAUGUUUGACAGCGAGUCUGAAGUGCUGGUCUACUGUCAUAUCUAGUAGUGGAUUCCAAAUAUUGAAUUGGCUGCGUUGGCACUUCAAUCUGGGCCGCAGUACCGGAUCGACGGCGGCACUGAUCUCAUACGACAGGGGCAGGCAUAACCCCAGUCGUCCUUUUUUAUGAGCGCCAAAUCUCCCGCUGUAGAGGUUGAUAUGCUUAUGGCGACUUAAGUCGCCAGACAGGGGCCUAAAUUCCGGACAAAGUGCGUCCGUGCACCCUGCAUGCGUGCGUACGCGCAAAGGGACUCCCCAGACGUGACGUGCAAAAUUCACUCGGGCGAGCAUCAAGGAGGGAGUGUAGCAGAAAAGCUCCUUUCCCCGCACAGAUCGAGCAUUGUUAGCCAGUCAGGUUACUAGCCCUGCACUAGCCCGCAAGUCAAACGGGCUUGCAAAUGUCUAGCUCUGGGCGACUAAAGGCUAUAAGGGUUGUAGAGUGCCUUUAUGUUUUCAAAAAACAUUUUAACCUUCCCAGUGUUCAUGCCGAAACCGAUUGAUCUAAUGACCUCAUUAAUCGCUAUUUUUCACGUUAUCAUUUGACGCUAGCAGAAGGACAUCAGCUCAAUCAGGGUCAACUGACUGGCAUCCGGGUACAAAUUCGACCACAGCGAGACCAUGAAACACCGUCUUGGAAAACUAGUCAAUAACAUGGUUCAUUGGGAUGUGGCACAGAAUGCGUCCUUGUCGAUUGCCAGGGCAAAAUUUGAACGAUUGGGUGAGAUUGUUGUUAAAUAGAGCAAUAGUGUUUCCUGACAGAUGGACGAUGUGUUCGCAUACCUUCGAGUCUCAUCAUUUGCCGUAGGGGUCUUGCGACAGACGGACCCGAACGCUGUAGUGAAGUUCGCAAAGCUGGUGGGAGUCCGUUGCUCCUCCCCAUGACUGACUUCAACAAUACACCACAGUGCAGAUCCUUUCUCGAUGUAUUCAUAUUUGGCCCAGAGCCUGUUUUAGUUGCGUUUUGUCAUGCCAUGCAUACUGUAAAACCGUUUGCGAUUAAAACUGACAAAAGCCAUUACACAAAUGUCCAUAUAUACCACGGUAGUUAUCGCGCUUUAUCUUUUCUCCUGUACGGAAGUUGUGCACAAAGAUGGCUGCGCCCCGGUCAUUAUAGACGGUCUAUUCUCAUGCCUCCUGGAGCCAGGCACCCAAGUUUGAGCAUAAUGCUCCUAGACUUGAGCGAGGAUGUCUUCUCCGGUCGGGCUUCUGUUGCAUGGCCUCAGGGUUGUGACCACGAUUUAUUCAUGAGAGGGUUGUGACCACGAUUUAUUCAUGAGAAGGGGGUCUCACGACGCCACGAACACUGGAGAUAAGUAAAAAAUCUGCUGCGUAGCGGAGGGGAAUUAUGGCUUAUCCAGCAAAGUUAAGAGAGCGCUCGGUCUUUUUGAGUUGUUAAAAAAUAGCUUCAAUUCACGUCGUCAAGUUCAGCAAGUUUACCGCUUGCUUGGUUGAUAAUUUGGUGGUACUAUACUACUUUCGGCAUUUGAGAUCGGAUCCACGGAGGUCGCCACAACAACCCUGGCAUUUUUGUGACAAUCACUAGCCCACUUUGCCACCACUUUAUUCAGUAGACUCAAAUAAUAGUCUUUGCGGACUCUGGACCGAACUGUCUGGGUGAAAGACUGUAAGUCCCCUAGGGUGACCCAGUUCUAGUGGGCCUGCGACGUGAGUUCGAGAAUCCUCUUAACUGCCUGUGAUUGAAAACUUUACUGUUGACCAGGCGCUGCUGUUUUCGUUUUCAAUUCGGUCAGCAGAUCAGAACUAGAUGUCUGUCCUGACGUUUCUGGUUGUUAUUAAUUUGGAAUAUCAAGGCAUAUUGCAUGAGUCAUUUAGGGUAUGGAUAGGAGACAAACUUUCGAACACAUACGAACGACUACAUGAUCGAACCCAUAUCCAUUGUCACUUUCGGCACCUCGUCAAUCUGUCAUCAUUAAUGCAGCUGCCAUAUCCUAAACUGACAAGGAUUUAGUGAAUCUGAGUGACAUUACGAACAUCCUUUGUAUGCCAGGUUUGUACUUGAUUACGACGAUGCCGAAAGCACAAGUUGGUGGCAAACAAAAGGUUCCAUCCAGUGAAACUCGACACCCCUUCACCAUUUUUUGAAACUAAGCUUAAAGAUGGCAGUAGUUAAUUUGGCAUCUUUAGUGACCUUUCAAACCCAACCAAAAAACCGGUGAGAUAUAUCUAUCAGUUUUAACAUUCCCUUAACAGCAACCAAUAAUGGGAGUUUUGAAAAACGGGCGCCUCUUAAACCAUUCCAGCUCCCAACAUCAGUCAGCACGGUAAGAGAGGCCCUUGGCAGAUUCAUAUAGUGUUGAGUAUGUUGUUUCACGAAAGAAGCGAAUAUGCGAGUCCCAGGUUCUUGUCCCAAAGAAGAUGAACGCGCGAUCACUGGGACAGUACAUGCAUCAGCCCGAGCUUUCGAUCUCGUACAAUAGGCUGAAAGCUCAGUCUAAUGCACGUACUGUCUCAAUGAUCGUGCUGUCAUUUUCGUUGCAGUGUGUUGCUUAUGUAUGAAUAGAAACGACAGGUAUACUAGCUAGAUGUCUCUUCCGUUUUGGGCAAGUUAGCCGGUCACUGACUAGUUCCUGUGCGAACAGUGCGUGACCUACCUGUUGCGAGGGAACAAUUUCAUCACCAUGUCUGGUCGAAGAGUCGCGUAGGCCUCCGUGACCGAAGUUGAAGCAACUUUGGACCUCCGAGUCAUGGUGUCUCGAGAUUCUUAGUUGGAGAUCAAAGCUCCAGACAGACAACGACAGAAAUCCACGUAAAACGAUGGUCGCGCGUCGUCAGCCUUUUAUACCGAAGAAUGCUCACACACCCUUGUACUGAAUAUCAGAUUGAGUAAUUCAAAUAGUACACUGUUUGCCUAGUAUCAAUGGGCCAAGCUUACAGAACGCGCCGGUUCUCGUGGACGUUGUUGCAUGGAUCGUCACGCUUGUACCAGUCAUUUCCUGGUGCUUCUUGGAGAUUUCGAGGUCAAAUUGAUCCCGAACAGCCACCCAGUGUGCCUGUUCGGGGUUAUUUCUAACGUUUUAGUUCAAGGACCUGGUCGCGAUACGGCGAGGACAAGCAGACUUGAUGAAUAGUCGUCAUAACGCGAUGCCGUAAUCGAGCUUUGUUACCAUUUGUUGGGUACUUUUUGUGCCAGACCUCAGUCUCCAGUCCUCCCCUACAAAUUACCAGCUCCGUGGUCCCUUUUCUAGAGAAUUUGCGCACUCAAAGACUCAGUAGAUUUUUUUGGAUUUGUUUACUUCUUAUAAAUUUUACAAGACGAAGAGGGCGAGACAUGCAGACUUUAACGACGUCCUAAAAUUUCAUGACCUCUUAUUGAACUGUGUGCAGUCAUCCAUCUACGUCGCUCUCUUAUUGAAUAGUUUAUCUCACUGAUAUGUAAUGACCGUACGCAGUUGAGUAGGAGGUCACAAAGCUUGAUGAUAUCAUUAAGUUCUGCAUGUUUCAUCGUUGCCUCUUUUAAGCACUUUGUCGUAAUCAAAAUGUCGGCAUACAUGGCCGCCUGCUCGCCCAUCCUCGCCCGUCCUGUUUGUGGCAAAAAAGUGAAAACGAGGUCUCUCGGUCCUAGAGUUUACGGUUAGAUACCUAAUGUCGACCUGGUCCACUCUAUAAAUCAGGAUUUUUGAUGAGCACCUUGGGCCAAACAUUAAACAAACUCCUCUCCGGGGAAAUGACGAGCCUUGCAUUCUCGCACCGGGAGGACCCAGUAGACUUUUCUCGUGUCUUUUUCUGAACAGUUAGUAAGGGGGAGAGGCCAUUAGUCUACGCCAGUUUUCGCCCUCUUUCCCCGGGUGACCGUAAAGUCAUCUGCCACUGUAAAUGCCUAACAUACAUUUUUCAAAGUUUUCACGCCGCUUUAUCCCGUUUUUUAGCUUUUCUCGAACCCGUCAAAUUUUCCAAUCACAAUUAAUUUCGGUCUCCCGCCACUUAGUCCCAACGAUCGCAUCACCUUGGCUAGCAUGUUCCAGGCCAUUCAUCACAUGUCGCGAAUCCUGACACCUGUUACUGCGCUACCGAAGAGCGAUGAAAAAACCAGGCAAUAUUCACAUGGCUCUGGAAUUCAGACCCUGGAGACCUCAGAGUGCCGUCUGCAUUGUUACGAAUCCAUAACCGGGGCCAAAUUCCUUCUUGUCACCGAUCAUCGGAUACCUGCCGCCGCGCGAGACGCCCUGAAAUUAGUAUAUUCAGCCUACACUGACUAUGUGUUGAAAAACCCUUUCUAUUCUCAGAACCAACCCUUUAACUUUGAGUUUUUUAACGAAAAGGUCAAAAGAAUAUGUGAACAGGUAGAACGUGGCAUUUAUACUUAG